ACAGGCGGGCUUUCUAAUAUUAAUGUGAGGAUGUGCCGGUCAUCGGUCCAGACGUUAUUUCUCGUCUUCGUGUAUAUUGUUUUCCGUUCUUUGAAUAUACGAUCAAACUUAAGGCCUUUUAGUCUGUGGAGCAGUGACAAUGUUUUGUUUAUAGUCCAAACUUCCGGACAUAUGAGUUGAUGGCUUCAAACUCUUCGAAUUCGGGUUAAAUGCUUCAGUUUGCCAUAACGGACCAUAAUUUGUCUUCAAAACACGUUAUUCUUAGUUUCUCACAAAGGUUCAGUUCUUCACAAGCUCAGGGAGUGUAUAUCUAAAGAAGGAAAUUUUAAUCCCACAGAUAGUGUUAAGUACUGGUCCCAUGGGUAGAUUUGGCUUGAAAAUUCUCCUAUUGUAGUAAUAAAGUAAAAGGACAAAAAUCUGAAUAUGUUUGGCCACAUGACACUACUUAGUAAGCGUUUUCUCAGUCAGUUCGCGACUUGUUUCUUUGAUUGAUUUCACCGUGUGGAUAGUUCUUUAUUACGUUGUCCUAAUUAGUUUAAUAUAACUAGCUAGCUAUCAUGGCUCCUGUAACUGAUUUUUUGCCUACAGUUGUCUCGCGUGUGUACUUGUAAGACGAGUGGCCAUAUUUUCCACUUUGUUCUCACGGUUAGUUAGUCGAGAUUUUCCCUGUAUUGCUCCAGUACAUUGAACUCAGAUUGGUCCAUUAUUGUAUUUUACUUCGAAAAUGUUAAGAAUGAGGAUGCUUCACUGAUUUUUAAGCAGUAAACGACAGGUUUCAUGUUUAUCCACUGAAUGUUUCUCUUGACAGACUAUAAAAGACUUCGUUACUAGAAUAUUUAGCUAUUUGUGCAAGCAAUAUGUAGCCUCGAAGUUAAUCCCCUGACAAUCUAAGAGGGUCCCAAUGGGCGGUUAGGGUGUAUGCAUAACAUCAACUAAGGUGUCAUCGGUACUCUUAAUGUUCCUCCAUAUAUAUUCAUGCCUCGUAAUAUAAUAAAACUUAAGUCUGAACUAUCUUGGUGACUCGCUCUUAGUAACUUUCCAAAGUAGUGGAUUUUCAACAUAAAGUUUGCGGUUUCAAAUCUAGUUCCCAGUAUUGAGCGUUAAAUAGUUUAUUUUUAUUUCCAGGGAAAACGUGGAGUCACGAAUUACUGAUAAAAAAUAUGUACUAGAUUCUCAAUUAAAGCCUGAUGAGGCAGAGGAAGGAGAGGUCAACGAUUUGUCUGACCAAGAAGAUAAUGUCUCAGACUUUUCGAGUAAUAGCGGUUCAUCAAAGUCUUACAACAACCCAUCACCAAAGCAUGGAGAUGAGAGCUGUACGUCAGAAAUGUCACAAAACGGGGGAUCAUCAGUUUCUACGCUAAAUAUACCAUCAGUACAUCAUAGCCGGUCCCAUAAAAGUAGACCUGUCAAAAUAACGGAUACUGCCAAUGUGUCAAAGAAAACAAAUACAAGUCCUGCUAAUACCAAAUCAGAAGUUCGUGGUCAAACUUCGUCUCAUGAAAGCCAAACAACUAAGUUGCAGUCUAUAGUCAAUUGUGCUAGGGCUUCAGAUCCACAAAUAUUGUCGGAGCAGGUUGAACCAUUUCAUACCUCAAUGUCUGUUAAGUCAACUAAACAUCUUCAGGGUCUACGGGACUUAGAAAAGGUGCAGCUACAGAUGCAACUAGAGGUUGCAACUAAUCAAAAUGAACAUAACCAUACUUCUACUCCCUAUCCCAGUUCCUCUCAACAAGUACAUCAGAGUGUGUUUCCUGGUUUUGUCCCUGGUGGGACACCAAAACUAGCACAAAAUUCUAUGCAAAGGGUUGCUUCUGUUAAAGCUGUUUCCGAAAACAUUAACGGUGAUAAUCGUUUUGGUUUGUCCGGCUCUUGGCAGGUAGCCAUUCCUCCUUCAUCUGCAUUAGGUUCUCAACAAGAAAUUGAAAAGAUGCAUAUGAUGUAUCAGAAAGCCUGUCAACUUUAUCAGCGUGCUGUAGCUACUAUUGGAUCAACACCUAAUGUCAGCAUCCAACCCCCACCUUUCGGCACUCCUAUUGGUUCUCCUCCUUCAAUAUCUCUCCAAUCAUUUCCACCGACUCUGAUGCCUGUUACUGCCGUUGAACGUCCAGCAUCUGUGUCUCCGUCCAAAUUCAUCCCGGCGUCUCAACUUCCUCAUGACGUUCUCAGAGAUGUACCUAAUCAAUGCAUUGGUCAAAAUCCUCAUAUACCGGCAAUUAUUCCUAAUCACGCACAGUCAGCUAGUAUACAGACUGCUUAUUCGAUGGCGUAUUCUUCCGCCUAUCAAGAGACUUUAAAGUUUAUGUCUAAUAAUACCGGGAGUAACUUAGCCCCUAAUACACAGGAAUACACAUCUCAGUGGCAUCGCUAUUUUAAUCACUAUCUGAAUUAUUAUUUACAAGUUCAUAAUUAUACACCUACGCUAUCUAGUGAACAACAACCAGUUUUCUUCCCUCCCACUGGAUUACCACCUCCCCCUAGCAUUGCAUCCUCUUGUUCCAAUGAUCUAGUUUUUCAAUCUAAGCGAGAUUUUCAUAACCAUCAUGACUCUAAGCGCCUAUGUAUAUCGUCUAACGAGGGUCUUCAUCGUAUUUCUACUGUACUCCAUCCUGAACAUUCCAAUCGCUCUAGUUCCCCAUCUGAUUCAAAAAAUGAAACAAACGAUGGAUCAAAAAGCGAUCUAUCCUCGUCAAAGUAUUUAUGGAUAAGCAAUCUCCCUCAAGGUGUUCGAGCAGUAGAUAUUAAAGAAAUGUGUGCGCCAUACGGAAAAGUUCAAACAAUAAAAAUAGUAGGCAGUAAAAAGAGUAAACCCCCAUCUAUUUACGCUUAUCUCAUUAUGGAGACUUCGGAGGCCGCAGUCCGUCUUAUAAAAGCCUUACAAGGUGUGAAGUUCUCUGGAAAUGAAUUGAAGAUAAAACAAAUCUUAAUGAGUUUUAAAGAGAAGCACUUGAAGGUAAUAUAGUCGAAAAUAUUUAGCUGCCAUAUCUACCUAUUUACAACGGAUUUAUAGGGUGGGAAAUUUUGUGAGCUACGUUAUCUGUUGUCAGUUAAUGUUUGUUACUCGGUGAUAUAACUUAUAAUGUGCAUCGGAUUUUGGAAUCUCAUGUUCUUCAGCAUGCUGUCUUGUCAUUUUUAGUCCCUCGUUCUUCUUUAAUGCUGAACUCAACCAUAAUAUGUAAUUUUGCUUAUGAUCUACUGGUUACCGUGUUUAUUGUGACUCAUUUUUAUAAACAAUUGCUUAAAAUAUCACAGUAUGCUACAUUUCAUCUUCGUGAGUUUUAGACAUUCAGUAAUCACAUAUUCUUUUCCUCAUUGUCAAUUUACAAGAAUUUGAUUGUUGAAUAAAUAAUACUAGUAACAACUUGUAUAAUGUUACAACAAUCCCGGUUAUCAGUUCAGCUAUUCUGUUUGAUUUGGGGAUUAUGUAUAUUUUUCUCAUCAUAAGUGUGAUGGUACAUUCUUUCUUUGGUUGUAAACGUUCUACUAAGUAUUUGUCGUGCCUUGGCAUCAAUAUAUGUAUCCCAAUCAGUUACACCUAAUUGCCGUGCAACAAUCCAGCCAUGUAGUUUUUCGUUUACUAUGCACAUGUACUUCGUUUAUUCUAUUGGUACUGAUCGUUGUUUUUUUUUCAUUUGAUUUCAGAUCAACCCAAUCCGUUUACCAUAAAAAAUGUGUGAAUAGUCUACCAUGUAUAUUUUUGCUGUGCAUUUAUUUUAUAUUUUUCAAAUGAUGUCUAUUUUGCAGACUUAAAUUAAUUGUAUAUACUGUCCAAAACCAAUUGAAUCUUUUAAUCAAUCUAUC